CCACCUACAAUUAAAAUUGCCCAACAUGCCCCCAUCACAGAAGAAUCUUGCCAGUCCAGUUGGUGGACAGAGUAAGGAGCUACUCCAUUACAAUGCACACUUGAUAGGGAGGGAGGAGCACUUCAAGGUGCCUUGCAAUAGUAGAACUGCAAUCUUUAUACACCCUUGUUUUUAAGUAAAUUAAAGAUAGACGAUAAGGCACAAACCCAGACCUCCAGAAACUCCUACAUAACUUUGAAUAAUGCCAAAUGACUUCAGCAUUCCCCAACAAUCUAGUGUCCACCAGGUGUGGUGGACCACAACUUCCAUAAUUCCCAGCCAGUUUUGAUCACAGACUGGAAAUCACCAAAGUUGGUAAUCUAGCUUAUCUGAAGGGCACCAGUUUGAGGAAGACUGCUCCACUUCUUCCCUCCCUUUGUUAACCCACCAGCGCGCAUUUUUCCCUAUAUUCAUCAGCUUUUCCACCUCACUUCUUGUUCCCAGUGGCAUUCUCGCUCGUGAGGAGACGCCACGAGCAACAGCUCCGUAGAACUGCCAACUCAUCCCACACCUUAUCCUCGCAGUUUCCUCCUGCAGGACGGUGCCCAAACCUGAACUUAAGCUCUCGCGGUGAUCACAUGGGACGGCACAGAAGGAGGGGAGAACUAGGAAGGUUCCGCGGCUGCCUCUUUCCAUUGGCUCCGCGCAGGCACGUGGCGCUCCUCUCCCACCGCUGGCUCACAGCUGGGUAGCCCCGCUCUGCUGGCAGAGAAAGAGCAGUAAGAGCCGCUCGAGCCAAGUGCUUUAGAGGAGCGGGGAGGAGGAGGAGGAGGAGAGGCAGAGUUUUUUUCUUGGGCUCGUGGGUCCGAUUUUUUUUUCUUUUGCCAGAGCUUCGUGGCAGGAUCCUUCGCGUGCAGCUCGUCGUUUUGCUGGAGCGAUAGAAGGCAGAGUCCGGAGCUGAGGUACGGGGCGGCAGGAAGGAACAUCUUCCGUCUGUUAUAAUGAGUGUCAAAUCUGCUAUCAGUAAAGAGAUUUUUGCACCACACGAUGAAAGGAUGCUGGGUGCCGUCCAAGUAAAAAGGAGAACGAAGAAAAAGAUUCCUUUCCUGGCAACUGGGGGUCAGGGUGAAUACUUAACCUACAUUUGCUUGUCAGUGACCAACAAAAAACCUGCACAAGCAUAUAUUACAAAAGUUAAACAGUUUGAAGGUUCUGCAUCUUUUGUACGAAGGACACAAUGGAUGCUUGAACAGCUUCGCCAGGUUAAUGGUAUAGACCCUCAUCGGGAUUCCCCAGAAUUUGAUUUAUUGUUUGAAAAUGCUUUUGACCAAUGGGUGGCAAGCAAAGCCUCUGAGAAAUGUACCUUCUUUCAAAUUCUCCAUCAUACUUGUCAGCGGUAUCUUACAGACAAAAAGCCAGAAUUUAUUAAUUGCCAGCCUAAACUUAUUGGAGGUAACAGCAUAUUACAUUCAGCAGCAGACAGUGUGACAAGUGCAGUACAAAAAGCAAGUCAGGCUUUGAACGAGCGUGGUGAAAGAUUAAGUCGAGCUGAAGAAAAGACAGAGGACAUGAAAAACAGUGCUCAGCAGUUUGCAGAGACUGCACACAAGCUUGCCAUGAAACACAAGUGUUGAAAACACCUGUGUAGAAAUCUUUCCAAGAGGAACUGAAAAAAUAGGAUUGCCCAUUUUUACUGGAAAUGCAAGUCUACGUCUCUUUUUUCCAACAAUUUGGUAAUCAGUAAUUUCAAUUGUCAUGUAGGAAAUAAGUAGUAUUCCUACUUUUUCUAUUGCUAGGCCAUUCAGUGUCUGUCUUUUUUAAUAUUUAAAAUAAGAGGUGGUGUUAACAUGUAAAUUGGACCAAAGGAUAUACUGAACUGCACUGAUCUGCAACAAUGCAUUGUUCCCAAUGUUGUGUAGGAAUACAGUAUUUUAGCUGCAAGAAAGGUGAUCAAGUCAAAGUAAAGUCCAGUAAUUGUUCUAGAGUUGUUUCAUAGAGCAAAUUUUGAAGUAAUAGGGUGUAUAACUUAUAUCACUAGGCAACAAAAAUAGGUUGCUGUGAAAAACAAUUUGACUUCUCAGUUCUGCCAUUUUUAGCAAACUUAUUUUCCAUGUGCCAUCAUUCCAUGGUAAUUUGAAAUUGAAUUGUCCACCAUGUUGUCAACACUACUUUAAAAAAUCUUCUUUUUCCUGUGGUUUGAGUUUAAUAUUACCAAAAACACAUUUGGAAUGUUAAGAAAAGUCUGAUUAAAUCUGUAAAUACUUUGACAUUUUAUCUGAAAUUUUGAGGACAAAUUAUCCAAUAGCUCUUACCUUUGUAAGUGGAGCAAAAUGUCCUUCUAAAUGAACAUUAUAUUGAAAUAGUUUCAAGAAAUAAUACACACACAAGCACUAUUGCAAGUUUUUGGAAUUCUGCUAUUGAUAGGCAUGCUUCAGUUUUAUUGAUUAAAGUAAGACUUGGCUAGAAUUUUUCUUCAUAGUGUAAUCUGGACAUGAGAAGACCAAAAUUCAAUCUUUGCAGUCACUACAUUUGUAGUCACUGGAUCAUAAUCAUACAUUAUAAUUAGCAUUAUUUAUAAUAAAAUAUUCCUUUCCACUUUUCAUUUUAUGAAGUAAAAAUGUUUUCUUGCUUGCCAAAAAUCCCUUACGACAGAUUUUUAAAUGAACCUGUGCAUUCUGUUACAUGCACAGAAGCCCUCUGGGUUAUGCAGGAAGUUCCUGGUUUUCAUCUAGCACUUUCCAAUGCUAAAUCCGGAAGAGCUCACAUCAGAGUUACAGCUGGUCAUGUCAGAUUUGUCACCACAGAAUAAUUGGAGUGAUGAUGUAGAACCAUUAACUCCUAACUUCCUUUGAAGAGAUGAAGCUGAGUAGGGAGCCUCUUCUCCUGUUAUCACUGAACUUAUGUCAGUCCUAGAGAGACGGAUGCACAAACAAUGCUUAAAGAGCCCCAUAAUGAAUCUGUAAAACUCUGGGUUGAAAUCAUGGCAUGCAUAGCCCACUUCAUUCCCAGCAAACUUUUAAAAGCUUGAGAUUUUCAGUGUUCUAAAUUCAAACGUUUAGGUCCUACAGGAUCUAAUGUUUUUUCAAGGGUGACGAGUAGAACAGCUAAUAUAAGGCAGUGGGACGGAUACUGUGAGUAGAGGUAGAUCUUAGGGAGAGUCACUCUCAUAUUCUCUUAUGUUUGUAUAAUUAUGAACCAAGUGAAAGAAGCAAUUUUGGUACAGGUAAACAACUAAAUCAAUAUAGAGAGAAGGCAUCCAAUUAAUUACAUUAACUGCAUAUUGUAUGCUGCCAUAAUAUAUCUUUGUGGGCAACUUUAGAGACUGGUAAUAGCACAAGUUUGACAGCCAUAUGGAUUUCAAACAAUACAAUUUGAUAUAGUGUGUUGUGGGCUACCUUUGAUUAUAGGUUUACUUAGAAGUUGUUUUUAUUUCCUGUGUUAAAUCAUUUUUUUAAUGUAUUGCCAUUAUUUAUUUUGCACAUUUUUUUGCAUUUCAGCUCAGUGAUCAAUCUGGCUUUUUGUCAAUGCAGGGUUUCUUUUCACCUGCCAAAAAAUAAAACCCUCAAGUCAUUUCAUCAACUUGAUACAUCAGAAACUAAAACCUAAUUUCUGUCCCUACUAUUGAGUAUCUUUAAGUUAUGUGAUGUUUUCUUAGGAUCAUUAGAAACAAGUGUGCUUAUACUGAAAAUAAAUGUGAUUGUAUUAAAAAUGUUCCUCCUGGAAAAUUGAUGUAGUAUUCAAUUAUAGUGUUAGAUAUUUGUGUAUAUAAAGUAUACAGUAAUUCAGAUUAGUGUUUCAUAUUAAAAUGUAUUUGUAAAAAGUAACAAGAUCAAUAGUUAUCACCUUUUUAAAGUUCUGCAAAGAAUAAAAAUCACACAAUAUUAGACCUAAGAUAGUUAUACCUGCAAGAUCAGCCUCUUUCUGUGGCUAGCAACAUGUUGUGCAUUAAUGUGAAAGUAUUAACAGAAUUUGCUCUCUAAAUAAGUGAACUUAAAGCACGUUUUGUUUUAAUAUGCCAAAAUUGUCAAAUUUGUUUUCUCUGUUGUCCUGAAGCCACAUACUUUUUAUGCCACACUAAAAUAAACAGUACUUUGCUCCAUUGUUAUAUUUCACAGACAUUAUUUUUGUCAUUUAAGGUUUUAGUCAUUAAUUAAAAUAUUAGAGUUUUACAUCAAUGUUAGACAAUCUUCAGGCAGUAUACAAUUCCCAUACCUAUUUUUGCAGCCUCCUAGAGGGACCAUACCAUUGAAAUUCACUUUCAGUAAUUUGUCAAAUUAAGUUUUAAAAUAGUUGUAUUAAUGCUUUGGGAGGCUCUAUGUACCAUUUUGCAUUUCUCCCUCCCUGGACCACCAUCCUCCCCAUUGGAAAAAGGGCUGAAAAUUUCAUCUCACAGACUCUGCUGUUGUCCCUGAACAACUGUCACAUUUCCUGUGGCCCUCAGAUGCCAUGAACAGAUGCAGCCCCUAGUGGAAAAAAAAAUUCUGUCCCUAUAUUAUUUGAGAGGGCAGGGUGGGUGUAACAUUUAUAGUUACGAGCGUUGAUUCCAUAUGCCUUCAUUUUUGGCUUAAAUUAUUUUGGAGAGAUCCAGCUCUAAUCAGUUAUGUGAAAAAGCAUAUCUUGAAUGAAGAAGAUAGCCAUCAUUACCACUAGGUGUUUCCCAUAAUUUACCUUAAGAUGGCCAUUGCAACAGUUGACCUUAUUGGCUCUAAGUAGCUUCAAACUCAUCAUAAUGCACAAAACCACAUGAAGUGUGUGGCUGAUUCAGCUUUUACCUUGCCUUAGAUCCAGCAGGGCCAAGAUUUCUUUCUGUGAUUAAUGAAGAAAUAGUGUGAUCCUGUAUUUAAGCUCUCUUUGUAACAUGGACCCCUAAAUGCUCUCUCAGGACCAUGUGCAAAAGUGACCCUCUUCUGCUUUUCACAACCUGCACCCCAUGCGUAGACUAAAAUGUCACCAUGCAUUUAUUUUACCUGUAUAUUAUAUGGAAGGUAAAUUAUAAGAGCAGGGUCUGCACACACAUUAAAUGCAAACUGGAACACUUCUGCAUCUCAGCAAGCAUAUCCCAUGUGGGAAUUGCCUAUAUGUGUUUUUAUGUCGUGCACACAUGCAUAUAUUUGCAUCCCAUGUAUCUUUUCUAACUUUCAUCUGUUCUAUUCAGAGACUGCCUCUUGUGGGACCUUAGCUUUAAUCCUUUCCUUUCCCUUUCCCUUUCCCUUCCCUGCCCUUCCCUUCCCUUCCCUUCCCUUCCCUUC